CUAGUUUCAUAUGACCUCGCUGUCAGGUUACACAGUUCAUUGCACACAUCAAAAGAAACGACAUGCCAUAUUUUUUUCACUCAGCGGUUGUUUCUGUUGUUUUUCGGAGAAUACUACUUUAUACCUAGCCGGUUAGCUCGUUAGCUUGUUAGCUUAAAGCCAUGUCAAGGUGGCGCAGGCUGCAUGAGAAGGUGCGGACUGUUCAUGGAUUGCUUUCUUCCACACGGCUAACAGAGAGGCACACAUGGCUGUACGGGCAUUUACCAUUAUGUCAAAGCUUAAGUACAAGCACAGCUCUCCGAAAAGACUUCUUCAAAGAUUUGGAGGACCAGCUUGCAACCAUGAGGAAGAAGGCUGUGGAUGCUCUGCCGGGGAGCAGCUGGAGUCCCAUCAAAGUUAACCCCAACCUUCCGCCAGAGAGAGCUGACAUAGUGAUCGUAGGAGGCGGCGUGAUAGGCUGGUCCAUCGCCUACUGGCUGAAGCAGAAGGAGCUGAUGCAAGGAGCAAUGAAGGUGGUUGUGGUGGAGAAGGACCCAACGUAUUCAAAGGCGUCCACAGUUUUGUCUGCUGGGGGAAUUCGACAGCAGUUCUCUCUGCCCGAGAACAUCCACCUCUCCCUGGCCUCUGCAGACUUCAUGAGAAACAUCAACGAACACCUUGGCGUGUUGAACGAAGACCCGGUCGACCUGCAGUUCAACCAAUCAGGAUACCUCUUCCUGGCCAGUGAGGAUGUGGCUCAUAUCAUGGAGGAGAACUACAGCACCCAGAGGUACGCUGGAGCCAAAGUGACACUGCUCUCUCCAACUCAACUGAAGGAGAAAUUUCCAUGGAUAAACACAGAAGGUGUGGCGCUCGCUUCAUAUGGGUUGGAGAACGAGGGCUCCUUUGACCCAUGGACUCUGUUAAACGCCUUCAGAAGGAAAGCCAUGUCUAUGGGAGUCUUUCAGUGCUUUGGAGAAGUUACCGAUUUAAAAUACACAUCAACCACCAUGACCACGGCUGAUGACGAGCGUUUAGAGCUACGGAGAAUUAGAUCUGUCAGAGUGCAGAUGCCUAACAGCCUGGAGUACCAGCCUGUGGAGUGUGCCAUUGUGGUGAAUGCAGCAGGAGCCUUUUCUGGUAAACUGGCAGAGAUGGUGGGAAUCGGCCUCGGUCCCAAAGACACCAUCGCUGGAAUCCCUCUGCCCGUCGAGCCUCGUAAAAGGUUCGUGUAUGUGGUCCACUGUCCUGACGGUCCAGGCCUCGACACUCCAUUCCUGAUCGACUACUCGGGAGUUUAUUUUAGAAGAGAGGGAUUAGGAGGAAACUACAUUGCUGGGGCUUCACCUGAGGAGGAGGAAGAGCCAGACACCAGUAACCUGGAGGUGGACCACCAGUUCUUUGAGGAAAAAGUUUGGCCCAGCCUGGCUCACCGUGUUCCUGCUUUUGAGAAGCUUAAGGUGACCAGUGCUUGGGCCGGUUUCUACGACUACAACACCUUCGACCAGAAUGGCAUCAUUGGCAUGCAUCCCUUCGUCAAUAACAUGUACUUUGCCACUGGUUUCAGCGGACAUGGCCUGCAGCACUCCCCUGCAGUGGGUCGGGCUGUGGCUGAACUUAUCUUGGACGGGAAUUUUAAAACUUUGGACCUGAGCGGACUCGGAUUCAGACGUAUUCUGUCUCAGGAGCCGAUGCUAGAGAGGAACAUUGUAUAAAGUUGCUUGGACUUCAACCACUGCUCCCAAAGAUUAAUGACAACAACUUGGGUCUUAUUUUUGUAUUUCCAAUCAUUUCUACUUUUUUAUUUAUUUCUCAAAUUAUUAAUGGAGAUAAGGUUAUGACAUAUCAAGCUACAAUGUUUGUACUUUGACACCAGAGACCACUAUCUGCCUUCUUUUUCUCUCUGACACGUGGUGGUGGAAAAAUGGGUCGUAACGUUUACUGAAACCAACACAGUUCAACACCUUCAUCAUAAUGUCAACGGUGCUUUAUUUAAAUAGGAAGAACUGUGGCUCUUCCAUCCCCAUUCUGCAUCUUUGGCGGCUGUUCUUGCACCAUGCAUUUUUGGUUGGAAACUUCUGAAUCCGAACGAAAUAUGUGUUGAUUUUCCUUUAGUUACUUGUCUUAUCUCAGCAUUGCCAAUAGCAAGAGUGAGAGGACAAAGACUGGUGAUGGAGAAAAACAGAGAGAGCCUGGAUGAGUGAGAACACAAUCAGGAAGUUUUCAUCGACAUGAUUAUCUUAAACUAAAGACCUGGACACUUUCCUGAAAGUCUUAAACUGCACAAGCAGAAUAAAAGGAAUCACUCAGAAGGAGAAAACUGUGAACAUGUGGAAAAGAGAUACUUUCUCUUUCCGUGAAGCCUUUUGGCUGAUGAUAAAAUGAUGAAACGUGAAUGACACAGUAGAAACCAUAUCGAAGCCAGAAUUCCCGAGUAAGGAUCCUGUUGGUGUUAUUACUUAGCCAAAUUAUCAUCAGAUGUGACUUUGUCUCUGGAUAUAUGAUGUUUUUACUGAACAUACUUUAUUCUGUAGUAUUUUUAAACCGAGCAAGAAGCAGAAAUACAAAAGCCAUAAAAUGUCUCCCCACAUUUUAAAUGUACCUGUUUAAUUCUCUUUGUCAUUCUCCUAGUUUCAUAUUUAUCUAAGUAAUAAAAAAAGUAUCAGUUAUCAUGA